AUGCAUCCAUGCUCUGUCUCUCCACUUAGAAUGCUAGCUGACUUCUUCAGCUGUCGCAAGACUAUCUCCUACAGGGCCUGCCUAGCACAGCUAUUCUUUCUCCACUUUGGAGGAGCUGAAAUCUUCCUGCUCAUUAGCAUGGCCCUUGACAGGUACGUGGCCAUCUGUAAGCCACUACGCUAUGCCACCGUGGUAAACAGAAGGGUCUGCUUGGCCUUAGUGGUGGACGCCUGGGCAGGGGGAUUCAUGCAUUCCAUUAUCCAAGUCACCCUCAUUGUUGCUCUCCCCUUCUGUGGCCCCAACAAGCUGGACAACUUCUUCUGUGACAUUACCCAGCUGAUCAAGCUGGCCUGCUCUAACACCUACAUCUUGGAAUUCAUCAUGUUCUUCAACAGCGGCCUGGCCGCCUUCAUGUGCUUCCUCCUCCUGCUGAUCUCCUACAGGGCCCUGCUGGUCCAGCUGAGGGCAAGCUCCUCCCAUGGAAAGAGCAAAGCAGCCUCCACCUGUGUCACCCACAUCAUCAUUGUGUUUGUCAUGUUCGGCCCAGCCAUCUAUGUCUACUGCCGGCCCUUCCGUAGCUUCUCCAUGGACAAGGUGGUGGCCGUGUUCCACACCAUGGUCUUCGCCCUCAUGAAUCCCAUGGUCUACAUGCUGAGGAAUAGGGAGAUUCUCAGUGCUAUGAAGAGGCUGCUGGACAGAUCUGGCCUCUGGAAAGGAAAAUAG